GCACGUGGGUAACGUACGUGCGAAUUCGUUUCUCGUCCUCUGUGCCGCUGAUGCUGAAUGAACUGCGCAGUUCCGGUCGACAAGGCAGGGAUUGCGAAUGAUAGUUUGCAGGUCUCUUUUCAGAGUCGACCGCCUCUUGAAAUAUACAAGUUCGUAUGUCCUACAGCAGCCGGGGCACUAUGCUUAUAAUGGUUUAAGCCUAUAUACGAAUAUGACUGGUAGGAAGGAAUUCCGGAGUGCUGCGGACCAGAAGAAAAAGCGCAAAACAAUCAGCCAAGCAUGGAGACCAGUGUGUACUCACGCCAGCCCUUCUGAGGAUUUGUCAGUUAAGGAUGGUAGAGUUGAGUCAAAGGAUGGAAAUCAAAUUCAACAAAUGGAUUGCAGUUCGGUUAGUGCUCAACAGGUCACAGAGGUAGCUGAAGAAACUAAAGUAGUAACUGACCUAUCUGUUGGUUCAAGUGCAUUUCCGAAUAAGAGUGGAGAUACAAACGUGGAAGGACAAUCUGUGGCUUCCAGUGAGAAGUUUUCAGUGAAAGUGGAUGUAGGGAGCUCUCUAAUUCGAUUUGUCAGAGGGAAAAGUGGAUCUACACAAGAAAAGAUUGAAGAAGAGAUGGGGAUCAAGAUUAUGAUUCCAUCAUCAAAGAAGGAAGAAUUUGUUGUUAUUGAAGGUAAUUCAGUUGAUAGUGUAACCAAAGCUUCAGAAAAAAUACAAUCCAUAAUUGAUGAGGCAAUUAAAAGCCCAAGUCUUGAUUACUCACAUUUUGUGUCCCUCCCUCUGGCUAUACACCCUGAAUUAGUCGAGAAGCUUAUCAAUUUCCAGAACUCCAUACUAGGAAGUUCUGAAUCUUGCUUAGAUGAGGUUGAGGACAGCGAUACAAAUGAAGAUAAUACAGACAAUGAAGUUGAGGAUCAACAAACUGUUAAAGCACCAGAUGUGGCAGUUGAACUAAAAGUGGAAGAUCAAAGUGAGCAAAUCAAAGUGAACAUAAAUAUACCUCUCGUCAGUUACGCUCCCAAAGCUUCAAAAACUGCUGCACCAUCUGACUUGGGAAUUGAUAAAUCAAUAUUUAUAAAGCCUAAAACAUUUCAUCUAACGGUGCUUAUGUUGAAAUUGUGGAACAAGGAGCGAGUUGAUGCUGCUUCUGAAGUUUUGAAGGGUAUCUCCUCUAAAGUAAUGGAUGCAUUGGAUAAUAAGCCAGUACUAAUUAGGCUCAAGGGGUUGGAUUGUAUGAGAGGUUCUUUGGCCAAAGCCCGUGUUCUGUAUGCUCCCGUUGAAGAAAUUGGAGAUGAUGGAAGAUUAUUACGUGCCUGUCAAGUCAUUACGGAUGCAUUUACUGAAGCUGGACUUGUUCUGGAGAAAGAUGCAAAACAGAAGUUAAAGUUGCACGCCACAGUUAUGAAUGCGAGACAUAGGAAAAGGAAUAAAAGGAAAAAGAAGUCUGAUUCAUUUGAUGCUCGUGAAAUUUUGAAGCAGUAUGGGUCGAAGGAGUGGGGAGUGUAUCAUAUCCGUGAAGCUCAUCUCUCACAAAGAUUUGCAUUCGAUGAAACUGGAUACUACCACUGCUGUGCUUCCAUACCUUUCCCUGAACAUAUGCAACUUGACUGAUUCCCUAAGCUUCAGGUAGAAACUAUGCAACCAGAAUCUUUCAAUUUAUUCUGUGGUUUGAUCUGUUUGUAGAAUUUAGCGAGUUUUUAAUGAUCAUAAACAUAUAAAAUAUUGUAUU